GUGUGGAUGUCCUGCUCGGUGCUCUUUCUCUCCUCUCUCCGCCGCGCGCGUGUGUGUGUGUGCGUGUGCGUGUGUCUGAGGCGAGGCCUGGAGCCGACCGACGUCGGGGGACGCAGGAACUGGGAAAUCCUCCCGAGGCAAGACGCGCCACUCCGCUCCCUCCCUCCUUCCCUCCCCACGCUCGCAUCCUGUGCUUUUCGGCUCAAGAUGGCGGUGCAGGCAGCAGAAAAGGACGGAAUAAACAUGGACGGGGAUCACACGCUGAACGACUCGCCGGAGAACCCCGGUCUGAUCUCACCCGACAAGGAGGAUUUAUCCCGUCUUUUGACGGUGCCUUUCAGCGGGCGCAUCCGCGGCGGAAUGCGACCGGGGAAGAAGAUCAUAGUGAUGGGGAUCAUCGACCUGGAGCCACACAGCUUCGACGUCAGCCUGACCUGCGGACGGGAUUUGGAAAAGGAUGACCCGUCGUUCGACGUGGCCCUGAAACUCACCGCUAGCUUCAGCAACCGGCAGUUUCUGCGGCGCGCCCGCGUCUCAGGGAAAUGGACAGAUGAGGAAGCUUCCACCGCCUACUUCCCUUUCAUCCCUGACCAGCCUUUUAGGAUUGAGAUCCACUGCGAGCACCAACGCUUCCGGAUAUUCGUAGACGGACACCAGCUCUUUGACUUUUAUCACAAAGUAAAAUCCUUGCCCUCAAUCGACACAGUACGGAUACAAGGAGACCUACAGAUCACCAAGCUCGGUUAACGCUCCCUGCUCUUCCCUCUCGCAGGAGAUCAAUUUUGUGUGUGUGUGUGUGUGAAGCAAAGACUUGAUCGCAAAUGACCGCAUGCAUACACACACACACGCACACUAGCGCAUUGCAUCGUCGCUGGUAAGCCAUCACACAGCGCUGCAGCAGCAGCAUUCCAUAUUGGGUGUGAAAAAGCUCUCUGUUUAGGAUUUCUCAACUUUUUUCUUCAGUUGUUCAGUUUUUUUUCCCUUUUUUUUUGUUUUUAACUUUAUAUAUGAUCACUAAUUUAAGUUCUAAAACCUUCAUAAGUGAAAGCAAACCUCUAAAAUAGAUUGUUUGGGAGGAUAAUUUGAGUUCAAGAUUGGAAAAUGACUGCUUGUUUUGAUUAUGAUCUCUGCGUUCAAGGGAUGCUUUGAUAGAAAUUAUACUUCAGAUGAAAAAAAUAAAUCUGCUCAUAUAAGUCAAGCAAAUUUUCCAGUAACUGCUGCACAAUGAGUUUUACUCCGGAUAAAACUGAUGUCAGUAGAAAUAUCACGUUUUUUUUUUCCCCCCCGCUCUGUGUUUUGUUUCAAUUUUUUUCAAAGCUCAGAGAUGUCAGUUCAGUUCAAAUUUAGUCUUAUAACUGCAAAGCUAAAACUUUCCGGCCUGUUUGUUACUUUCCGCCGUUGCACUUUCAACUCUUGUGCUGUCCAUGAAGUUUAUCCUAGUUUAUGAUGUGCUGCACCCUCCCCGACCCAAAUACCCAAAAACCAGGAUUAUGUCGAGAUGUCCCAUAUUGCCAUGUGCUGCGUUGGAUUUCGAGCGACUCCUGCAGACGGAGAGCAGAAAAUCAUGUCGAAAUGACUUAUUUUGCGUAAUUGGCUUGACUUCAAGAAGUCCUUCGAACCUGAAAGCAGCACCACGUCAUUAGUGGUGUUUUGAAUGUACGAUGUGUAUGUUUCCAUGGUCGUGCAGACGACAGAGCGACGUACAUAAUGAAUUUAAAACCUUCAAGAGUUCGGUUGUUUUUGCAGUGUGGCUGUCGAUGUCAGAGUACAGGAACGUGUUGUGUGUUUGUUAUUUGUGUUUUCUGAAUCGUUCCACGCCAGCUCAUUGCGAGGCAGAACUUUAAUGCCACCAGCAGCUCCUUCUGAAGUCUUACCAGUGACAAUGCGAUGCACCAGUCUGUCACUGACUGUCCCACUACGUUUUUUUUCCUCGGUUAUGACAAUGCUGCACUAAUUGUUGUAGUGAAACCGCUAAAAGUCGUAGCUCCCGGUGGUGCUGCGAUUGCUCCUCUUCCAGUAUUUAAAGUUUUCACAGGGUUGUAAGUUCCUGCUGAAGCUCCGUAAGAUGAAAUGUGCAAAAAUUUCACAGAGAAAGCAAAAGCUGUGGGUUGCCAGGUUGGGAUAUGCUGAUUAAAACAUAAUGCAUUUUAAUUAGCAUAUAAAGCGUAUUUUGUUACUGAGUGGCCAAUUCAGUUUAUUGAGUAUUAUUUAAAAGAAUUCCAUAUUCGGCAUAGAUUUUGCAUCCAGUUUGUCUUUGAAUUCAGAAGGCGUAUCUGGAAAUUACAUCACAAUUUGUUGAAUUGUUAACUAUUAUUAGUAAAUAAUGCAAUUAUCUCCACUCAAUGUGCUUGUACACUAAAGAGACGUAUUCACAAGCCGAUAUCGAAGAGUGCUGUUUGUGGUUGGGUUUAAUGUGAUGCAAAAACAGUUUGUUGCUGCAAUGUUUACUAUAUUUAUUUGGUGACUGAAGUUGGGGCUGUUGGAUUCCUCCAGCUUUAUAAAAACAAAUUAUUUUAAAAAUCGCACACAUGAAAUCUGUUCCGGAAAAGUUUUCACCCAUAUUAGCUGGAAUAAAUACGCCUCUCUGUGUUGUUGUAAACAUACCAGGCCCACAGAGGGCGGUGUAGGGCGAAGCUAAAACCAAUGUCAGCCAAUCAGGUUGCUUGAAAACAACCACAACUUCCUGUUAGGGAUUAAACAUGGCGCCAGGAGGCUCAUUUUUGUGGGUUGAACUACUUUCAAAAUCGUAUUAGAAUAUGAAGUUAAAACACAAGACGAUGUUGAUUGGCAAUCAUCUCAAAGCGAACAUGUGGAUAUGUUGACUCAUGAACACGCAGGACUCUUAAGUCUCUGUUUCACCCAUAUACACACGGAAAGACAAAUAUGGAGGAGGUUUUUUAAACAUAGAUUUUGGUCUGAGUUUAUAUAAAUGUGAUACUUUAGUGAUAUUAAACAGUUUUUGUGAUUGAGAAAGGCCAAAAUGAAUGUUUCCUUGAUAUCCGGCAAUGUGUGGACAGGGUCUAAAAUUCAAACAAAACUAGAGAACAAUGUUUUGUUUAGUCUUUUUUCUUGUGAAGGAUAUGUUUAGGAAAUUUUUAUAGAAAGAAAUUUGCCACAAAUUUGACCUCGGGGCACCAUCUGGUGUGCUCCAUGUUGAUCACAAAGAGUUGAAAGGUUUUUCUGUCGUUGCUGCUGUAAAUCUGGAAGAAGCCAUGACAUCUGUGCCCUAAGCGGUGCCGAGAACUUCAUCCACCGUAUCGCUUUUUACACAUCUUCCUUUUCUCCUUAUGCCGCAAACAUCAAAAUCUGCACUAACUGUUCAUUCUCUCCCUACUGUAGCAAUAAAUGACGUUGCCGCUGUGUGAGCGAAGGCUGCUCUGAUGCAGGGCGCCUCUUUGAACUUUGAACUCUUCCUGAGUUCAGUGCUUGUUCUUCGCUGGCAGGCGCUGGUUUAUUUUGGACACAAACAGGAAGCGCGCGCGGUGCGGUAUGCGAGUGCGCCGAGAGGUCAGAUGAGAUCUGUACAUGAUGUGUAUUUGUGCAUUGAUGGUGUGUGGUAUACUUUCUUACGUUUUUGUUUUUCAGGUUUACAAACAAUGACUUUUUUUUACUGCCUCAACGUGUUGAUAUGGUCUCCGUGACGAGUGGGAGUGACUCGGUGGUACGGUGCUGGUGGUAGAUGUGUGUUCAGCUCGGUGUCAUGUUCGUGGGUCGCUCGGCUGUCGCGCAGUUUGCAGAGUUGACUGCUGCAGGAAUUAUGGGGGAGGGAGAUAAACAAUUGAGAAAUUAUAGCUCUGUGUUUAUGUCAAGCUUUCUCAGCUGGGACUCUCUGCUCUAGUCACAAUUGGCCAUUUGCAAGUUUGUUUAUUUGUUUUUUAGUUGGUUGUACAAGGCACGGGUCUAAAUCAGAUCCUCAUGGUAUAACAUUGCCAGAACCAAAGUCUUUUAAGAUAAAAACAAGUGCAUUGCAAGCUAGGGUUGCUUUUACUUAACACCAUAAAUGUUCCUACUGCUGAUAAAAUAGUGGAGGAUAUUACAAGUUUAAUGAUUACGAAACAAAGACCUGAGCAAAAAAACGACUCCUGAAAUUAAUGCUGAUCUUGGUUGGAUGGAUCUUUUUGGGUAGGAUUGUCAGUCUUACAGGAGGCUUAUCGUGCAAAAUUUGUAUUCUGCACAUUUUUUGUACUUCCGUUCGAGUUUCUAUUGCUUCUAAAAACAGCACAAGUACUUUGGAGGAAAAAAAAAAUCCACCCAGAUGUUUUUUUGGUGACUGGAAAAAUACCAAAGUCCUCCACAAAGUAACGAUGCAAAUCAGCAGGAACUGAGCCUCACCUAGUAACCCAAGCGGAACUCCAGCACGUUGGUCAGCUGGUUUUUACCAGUGUGUGUACAAUGCCUGCUGGAAAAGACGAGAGUUUUGUUGUUGACUCAGCAUUCAGACACCAGUUGCUACGUUCUUGCUGGUUGCACUAGAAGCGCUACUAAUUAUUUUCAAAGACGUACGGUUGUAUAAUUACAGAUUUGUUUUGUUAUUUUCACAUGAGUAUAAACAUUGAGCUGGAGGGCGUGGCCAGCAGCAGCUCAUUUGGAUUUAAAGUGACAAAAGGCCCGAAAACGCCUCAUUCUGAAAUAUAAAUGUUUUUUUUAAUAGACCUAUCUUAAUCUGCUCCCAUAAAAGUGUUAAUCAGUGCUUCUUUAUUUGUUACACCGUCACUGGAUAAAAGCAUUUCUACACAGUAGAAACAAGAAAACAAAUGACGGUGUGCAACAACGGGUGUGAGAGGGGCAGCAGGUCCAUCGCAGCCAAACCCAACUGUUGCACUUUCUCGACCAUCUCAUCGAAAAGAAAAACGUCAAACUGUUACCAACAAUAUUCAAGAAACUUUAUCGUUUUUUGGGGCAGGGGGGUUUCUGUUUUUUUUUUUUUUUUUUUUUUAGAAACCUUGACCCCGGUAUCCAUGCCAUGCCGAGGUCGUAACCAUGUCUGCAGAACAUGGGUGCACAGCACAUAGCAACCCUGUGGGGUACUCUUAUGUUCCUUCUUUGUUCUGUUGCACUUUAACCCCACUUUCGAGACUCCCGGUUUGGUACGUGCGCUCAGAAAGCUUCUGUUCUGUACUUGUUGAUCUCCUUAUGAUCCCAUGAAUCCUCCACAAAGUGACGGAAAGUAAACUCUGUGAAAUGUUUAUUGUUUUUUUUCCCAGAUCAGAUUAUGUGCUCUAUAAACCCAUUUAAAAUGGAAAAAUGUAACCGAAGAACUGAAUGUCUCUCUCUUUCUGAUUGUAACCGAUUUAAACACAACCCGGCUCCUAUUGCCACCAGAAUUUAUUCCCAGCCUGUGUUCAAGUAAAAAAAACAAUCCACAUCUUAUUUUGAAAGCUUCUUUUUUUUUUAGUUUUUUGAUUUUUUUUUUUUUUAGAUGUAGACACUGGUGGUUGUGGCCUCAGGGGAUUUAUUUUGUAUAUUUUAUGAAUGACUUAUGAGGCAUAAAUAUGUGUGGCAGCUCUUAAAGGUAACUGUUACCCCCCAGUUUCUAGUUUGGUCUCGCAUGCUGUUCAUUUUUUAUUAAUCAUUCAAUGUUCAUUGAGGCCGUUUACAGAAAAGUCUGAAUGAAAAUGUUCUCUUCCAGCACACGCCUUGAUUACAAGCUGAAGGAUUAGGAAGAAGAAAUCCCAACUAUUUCAAUAUCUAAUUGCUAAUAUUUUUUUCCCCUUCCGGUUGGAACAACUUUCUAAAAGUGCGAGAAACUAAAAGGUUGUUGUGUGAAAUACUCCGUCCCAUUUAUUUACAAAGUGUCCUAGUAGAAGUAGGCCGAUCUCUUUCUAAUGUGUUGUGUGGUUGUACAGGUCAUUUUCUAAUAAUUUAUUGUAACUUGCAGGAUCAGUGAGCCUGCUCUAUGACGCUGUCUAAAUAAAGACAUAUUGAGAAGUCACAGUUUCCAA